GUGCCCGCGCCAGGCGCGCUCCCAGUUAGUGGAUGGCAGGUAGUGCGCUGCUUAGUGCGGUUCCCAGGAUGGCUUUGCAGUCUGUGCUGCUUUCCCUUCUCCUGUCACUAUUCUCCUUGGUCUCCGGGACUGUUGCUAACCGGCAUGCCGUGCACUGGAACAGUUCCAACUACCAUCUGCGGCGGGACGGCUAUACCGUUCAAGUGAAUGUGAAUGACUACUUGGAUAUUUACUGCCCUCAUUACAACGAGACAAUAUCUGAACAUAAAAUGGAGCAGUACAUCUUGUAUAUGGUGGGCUAUGAAGGGUACAGAACUUGCAACAUCAGCCAAGGAUACAAACGCUGGGAGUGCAACAGACCGCAUGCUCCUCACAGCCCAAUCAAAUUCUCUGAAAAGUUUCAAAGAUAUAGCGCCUUCUCAUUGGGGUAUGAGUUCUACGCAGGGCAUGAGUACUACUACAUCUCCACACCAACUCAUAACCACAGGCGUUCCUGUCUGAAGAUGAAGGUGUUUGUGUGCUGUGCAACCACCUCUCACUCUGGUGAAAAGCAUGUACCCAUGCCACAGUUCACGAUAGGACCAGAGGUGAAGAUUGAGGAUUUAGAUAACUUCAAUCCUGAGAUUCCAAAGUUGGAGAAGAGUAUCAGUGGGACCAGCCCUAAAAGGGAGCAUUUACAUUUGACUGUAGCAGUAUGUCUACUUCUUAUGACACUUUUAGCUUCUUAGUUCUCAUAGAGCAGAACCAAUUUGGAGGCCUUGUAAACUGAAUAUUGACUGAAGUAAAAACUCCACAAGAGACUAACGGUUGGACCCACGUAGGUGGGGUCCCAGCUGGGUGCAGAGGCCUGGUAUGAGGAGAUAAACACCCUUAACACUGUUUUUAGCUUCUUUUUUAAAAGACUCAACCUGUGCCACUUCAACAUACAAUAAAAAUAACUGGACCAGCAGAGUGAAGCAGCAAGUGGCAUCAUCUUCAACAUGACCACACUGAGCCAAAGCUCCUCUGCCACCAACUACCAAAUGAUCCUGAUUGGGUGGAUAAGUCAAAAUCUACUGGCCUAUAAAAAGUUUGUUUUCCAACGUGGCGGAGAUUUCUUCUCUAGUGCCUACACCCUCUCAGCCUCUGAGAAUAUGUGUCCUAGAUACUGCAGAACCCAAAAGGAAGAACAAAAAAUCAUAUUAAUUAGCCCCUUGCUAACACACAAUCUGUUUGCUUUAAACCCUGCUGUUUUCAUAAAGAUCCAAUGUAUGUUUUUGCCUACAAAACUGUGGGUCUUGCAUACCCAGGAGAACCAUACUAAUAAACCUCUCCUUCAGAUGAUUAAUUGGACCACUACAUUUUAGCAGGAAAAACCCAAUCUCUGGAGAUACAAUCCCAGGCUGCGUUCAGUGUCGAGUACUACUCUCACUCCAAUGUGCAGAUGUGCAGUUUUUCACAAUCAGUCCUGUCGAGCCUUUGUGUGCCAUGUUUGUAUGCUCAUUUUACACAAUAUCAGAUCAACCACCUCUGCUCUAAUUCGUGGAAACUUAACCCAUUAGUGACUACUUUUUACUUUACCUAAACUUUUUAUGAAGAAAGGACUUCUGCCUAUCAGACUCAAUAUCCCAUCUUUCUCUUAAUACAACUGGAAUCCAUCCCAGGACGAAAGACCGCUACAAGACACAGAACCUGAUUUCAUGAACCUUGAUAACCUAAUAUGAAACAGAAUAUUUAAUAGUCAAUCUUUUCUAAAAGUUGUCCCUUAAACAAUAUGCUAUAUCAUUAAAUUACAUAAAAUCUGGAAUUUACUAGAAAUAACUGACCCACCAUAACAAAUGUAUCUGAACAUUCCAUUUGACUGGUACCUAGUGUGCCUAUAAAGAAAAGGUCACAUUUUCUACAAAAUGCAAGAACCCAACCUCCCUUUUUCCAUAAUGUGAACACAGUGUCAGAACAUUUUUUUCUACACAAAAACAUUGUGCUCUAUACAAAUGAUAAUACGCUGUUCAUCAUCUAUUUUCUCCCUGAGUCCUAUUAUUAUUUUACAGUGACUGACCAGGGAAGGGGUAUCUAGCUGCUUUCAAGCUGAUAAUUUAUCCUAAUUUAAUAACAAACACUUAAGUAAACACUCUUCUUUCUUGGUCCUUAUAAAUUAUAAUACUACAGAUGUGCACCAUGUAGACCAGUCAUGUGUUUGAAGCACAAGCAUGGUAAGAUUGGCCGCAAACGUCAGUGACAGCAUCUAAACGUAUUUUUUUUAAUGAAGAGGUCAUUAAACAUGUCUUUGUAAUCCAGGAUCUGCAGAGCAACCCCUACAAAGAGUCCAGAAUUUGUGAUAACUUCAUGGCUAAGCCAUUUAUCUGUAAUCCUUUUAAAUCAGUAGAACAUGUAACAUCAUCAUUUUGUUAAAUGCAAUAUCUGUAGCGAAAGAGAACCCUGUUGUUAGGAUGUUUAGAAAGUGGGCCCUGGUUUCAUUAAAACAAUUGCAGAAAAGUGUGCUCUAAUAUUACUACAGCUAGAAAGCAUAUUCACAUGUGUUAUAAAACUACAAUGAAAUGCCCUGGUAAUAGAAUGAUUGAGCGUAUGGUUUAGCGUAGAAUGUUCAGAGUGAGUCAAAUUGUAAAAAGCAUAAGUAUCAAUAGGUACAUUUAAUGAGUAUCCUGGUGUUCCUGAAAGUGUUAGUUAAAAAAUAGAAGUGAAGCAAACUCUAGUGUCAAUAGAAAAGGUAGCCUGAAUCCAUGGUAUCAGCAGAACCGUUAGAGAAGGAAUAACUCCAUAUCAACGUAACAGUGAGCAUAUAAGCCAUGGUAAAAACCUCUAGAGCAGUGAUUAUUGACAUGGAUGUUAUUUUCCCCACUGAGCCAUUACUCGUGGUAUCUUUUUUUGAUCAUAACGUUGACUUUUUAAAAGUUUUGGUAACACUGAGUAACAUUGCCUAUAAAUACUUUCCAGCCCCAUAACUUUUCUUGUCCUAUCAUUCUAUUGCAUACACAACUUCUUGGGAUUUCACACUCAAUACAUAUUAAAUAGAGGGUAUUCCAUAGCAGUAUGAGAAGGGUUUACCCAAUAAAAAAAUUAAUAAAAGGUUGGGAAAUCUCGAUCUUGAGAUAGUAAUACUCGUGCCAGCCUCUAAUGUGAGGGAUUCAAUGGAAACUGAGUAUCUAGUGAGAGAGACUUGCUUAAUAAGUCCUUAUAUCAAUAUAAAACCGAGAGUGAGCUCUGUCAAACAACUACCAAGAAACACCUGGCAGCAGCACAUGAAAUUAUUGUCUGUACAUCAAUUAUCAUGUAAAUCGUGGCAUUCAUAAAACAGAUGGUGAGCACACUGGUAUCUGAACAUCGAGUGAGACAACCCUGUAAAGCAGUGUAGUGAUGUAGCCCUGGUAUUGGAAGAAAAUCUAUCAAAAGAGCCCUGUUAUCCUAAAAUAAAUGUUAAUAUUGCAGUUUACAUUAGAACAUGCUGCAAGAGCACCUUAGUAUUAGAAAACGUGUUAAACAUUCAUUAUGGUCAUUAUUAUUGGUUUCUCAUGUAGUGACUGCAUCCUUUUCCUAUUUACAUAGAUCAAAUUGCUUUAGACACAGGUAUAAUCUGAGCAUUAUUACAAUCAGUAUAACAUGGGUUAGAAUAGUGUUACUAGUGUCAGCUUGUGGUUCAUAUGCAGUUUAUUAUUUAUUGCUCUGCACUUUCUAUCCUUUUUAAAAAUAAUACUAGGGAGUCUCCACAUCCAUCUGUAAAACAAGAGCAUAAUGGAAACUAAAUACAAAACUUUGACAAAAUGCGCUACAUUUUUAAACAUUUCCAAACCACACAGUCUUUAUUUUGAGAAAAAGCUUUGAAAGGCCUGUUAUGAGGAUGAUUAUCUGCUUUCUUUCUGGGUUGAUACGCGCAUGUAGCAUUCAUUCCUUUAGGCUGAAUGGCUCAACAUAAAUUUUCAGAUCAUCCACCAACUACACUUGGCUGUAAUGAAUGAAAAACACUCAAGCAAGGGAGGGUACCCAAGUACUCUGAGGCACCCACAAAGAGCUAUCUCAGACCUUGUUGACAGACAGAUCUGUCCAACGCAUUUUCUGCACAAUGGACUUGUGACACCUUCUCCCAAGCUCUCUAAAUUUAAUGCCUUCGGCCUCUGUUGGAAAUAUUUGAACAAUGAAAAAAAAAAUCAUCGUCUUGGACACUAUAAAACUGCCCUCUGUUGGGGUAGAAGUGGUUUGUGUGUGUAUAUAUAUGUAUAUCUUUCCUAUAUUUAUAUAUACAUAGAUUUAUGUAUAUAUAUAUGGUCUUUCUAUCAAUGUAUACAGAGCAGAUGUAUAAAUGUUCCUUCUGAUGAAAUGUAAAUAGAUUUGAACGUGAUUUCUUUGUCAUGUCUUCUGUGAAGGCACAUUUCCCACCUAUGCAAUGCACAGACACUUUUCAGAGAUUUAAAAACAAAACAACAAAAAAAAACUUAAACCUUUUUAAUGAACUGCUUUGGCUGUGAUUUUCAUAUUCUGCUGUUAAUCUAUAAAGAAUAAAACUUUGAAAAGCA